AUGGACAUUGUCGCGAGCGUGUGCUCGUCGAUUGCUGCUUGCACUGCAGAGCGGGAAGAAUGCAUGGAAUUAUUGAAGAAGUCAUUCAGUGUUGGUCAACAAUGCGGAUGCGUGAAUGCGAAUGCAAAUAGGGAGGCGAGCGUAAAACAAGAAGGACAACGGAGGAGAGGCAACGCAAACGGCGGAGCAAGGAGUGGGAGGGAUGAAAGACAAAAAGUUGGGAGGAGAUGGAUGAGCAACUAUUGUGCAGGUUAUUAUGAAGUGGACCGGCUGCUUACGCUUUAUGUUGAAGGAUGGUGUAGUCAGCUCGGUGGCAUCAUCGCGUGUGAUCUGAGGCUCAGUGCAGGCAUCGCAAUGGCAGAUUGGAGAGACAAGCGCAAUGUUUUUCGUCUAACAGUUGCAGGCAGAGUGUCUGCUGGUAGGACGCUUGCGAGCGUAGGACUUGACUAG